CAACGAGCGACAAUAGCUUCAGUUGUUUCUUCAAAUCGUGGUGAGAAGAAACUCUGUUUGUUAUUUCGUAGACAAGAUUUAGGAGAUCAUGGUGGUGUUACUAUUCCAUACAGGGUCUACCCAUCACUGAGGAAAACUCAAGAAGUGUCAUGUUCUAGUCUACUGUCUAGUCACUUACCUCUAUGGUGGGAAAGGCUUGAGAACGACUUCUUCUCUGCACAGCAACAGAACCUCACAGAAGAAUACCUGAAAGGAAGCAUCAGAGUAAAGACCAAGGAAGCAAAAAUUAAAACACAACACGUAAAAUUCAGGACCAAACGGGGAAGGAGGGUACAGGAGUGUGGAGAGGGGGUGUUGGGGAUGGGGUUGAAGAGCCAAAGGAGGACGUCAUGGUUCACAGCGGCUCUGCAUCCCCAAUGACAACAACACCAUCAGCAUCCCCUCAUCUAACUGUUACUGCUACAGCACCUCCUCUGCAAGCAGCCCCACCUCUAGUGCCUCCCACUGGAGAUAAUACAGAUCAGGACCUAACCCAGAACCCUGCCAAACUCCUCACCAAAGACAUUACUUCCAACUCAGACUUGACCCAGCCCUCUACUCCAACUCCUGCUGAUCCUGAGCCCACCCUUGUAACCACAGGAAAAGCACUUACUCCUGACUCAACCCCAGCAUCAGCCUGGCCCUCUACACACACACCUGCCGCUGUUCAGGGCCCUGUCAAUGGCCGUACUUCAGGUAGGAAGAGGACACCCAAAGCCUGUGACUGCUGUGGUCCCAACAGUACAGGACAUGAUGUCAGAACCUCAGGCAGAGGAAGGGGGAGAGGGAGGGCAAGGGCGAGAGGGAGGGGGGCCAUUAGGGACCUCGGGGACACCCCAAAAAGGAAAGUGGAUGGCCAGCUGACACGUGUCAGGUGCUUUGAUUUGACCAAGGAGAAGGUAGAGGAAGCAGAGGAUGAAGAUGACGGACAUGAAAAGGUGCAAAAGACUGUAGUGGUGGCUGAUACUCUGUCACAAACGUCUGUUGCUCCCUCUGUCAGAGACUCCCUGCAGGAUGGACCAAUAAGGAACUAUGUUGCUCCAGAGAGAAAGGAUGUGCAGAAAAAGGAGGACAUGUUGGAAGGGACAGGGGGGAAAGGCGGUGGUGAUUGCAGGAAUGUGGAGAUGAUAUUGUCCGGAAUGGCAGGCAGGGGAGCACUACUAUUAAGAGGGAGAGGAGGUAGUGGAGGGAGGGGAAUUAUAGGAGCUACGCCUGCGUCAAAAUUUAAAAUAGAGGGUGGAAUAAAGAGGGGAGGUUUAGGUGGUGUUGUCAUCAGUUCUAAAAUCGAUGCGCCAGCUCCAUUAGUGUUUGUGCAGAAGCAGGGGCAAAACAAAGAUGCAAAGAUGGACCAUGGAGAGUGGACUGACCCCAGCUCAGUUAAAUCAACAUUUGGAAAUGGAGACACUGUAAACCUGAGUGACAGCGAACCUGCAGAUGAGGCGAAGGAUGGUGACAUAAUUAUGAGUGAAAUGAAAAAUGGACUAAUUUCUAUCAGGGGGCUGUCAGGUCCUCCCUCGAGGUCAGGAUCUCCCCACGAUCUGGACUCUGAGAUGCAGGUGGACAAAACUCCUGACCGAACCGACUCAGUGUCUGUGCCAGUAACUCUUUCCAACGGAAAUGUAACCGCACCAACAAAUGCUGACCACAGCUCCACACUUAUGGAGGUGGAAACAUCUCAUUUGGUUGCUCCUCCAUUCCAGGGCCCCAUCACAGUGAACAGCGUGCAGCACAGCUGGGCAUUAAGAGACCACAGGCUGUACUGUCAGCCUGGAACCUGGGAGGGGAUGGAAGAAGCGAGGGGCAAAGAACAGUCUGAAAAAACAAACGGACAAGAGAUGGAUGGGGAAAAGCAGGACUCAGAAAACCUGGAGCAGCUUACAGAAAUGAUCCACGAGUUUUUGGAGAGUUUCUACAUGAAGUAUGGCAGUUUCAUUCCUCUCAGUGAGACUGAUGUCCUGGAAUACCUGAAGAAGAACGGCAACUCUGACCUCAGCAACAAGGGACUGGACAUCAAAGGGGAGAUGACUCGGUACAGGGCGGCACUGGCCUCUGCUCCUGUCGCGGGCUUCAUGGUGACAUAUAACAAACACACUCUGAGCCUGGAGGACCUGGGUACGCUGGAGGAGCAGAACUGGCUUAAUGACCAGAUUAUCAACAUGUAUGGAGAGCUCAUCAUGGAGGCAACACAACACAAGGUUCAUUUCUUCAACAGCUUUUUCCACAAGCAGCUGGUUGCCAAGGGUUACGAAGGCGUAAAGAGAUGGACUAAGAAAGUUGACCUGUUCUCCAAGUGGCUGCUGCUAUUUCCCAUACAUUUAGAAAUCCACUGGUCUCUCAUCACGGUCACCAUGGCAACCAAAACCAUCAGUUACUAUGACAGCCAAGGCAUCGUCUUCAGACACACCACAGAUAACAUUAUGAAGUACCUUCAGUCUGAAGCCAGAGAGAAGCAACAGACAGCUUUCCUGAAAGGCUGGAAGAUCACCAUCAUCAAGGGUAUUCCUCAGCAGAAAAAUGACAGCGACUGUGGAGUUUUUGUCCUCGAGUACUGCCGCUGUCUCUCUGUGAAGCAGCCCCUGCUGUUCAGUCAAGAGGACAUGCCUCGCAUCCGCAAGAGAAUCCACAAGGAGCUGUGCGACUGUCGCCUCAACGACUGAAUGACUGUAUAAUGGUUCCUUUCACUCACUGACUGCUCACCUGGUUACAUGAGACAGUCUGUCCAAGCCUGUCAGGCGGCCUGUGUCACUGACAGCCCGGUACAUAAGCUAACACAACCUGGCCAUUGGUAUUCCAGGAAGCCCAAACAACACAGUGGCUGCUCACUUUUGGUUACUGGACUUUUGGUUACUUUUGGAGUUCAAUAACAGUCUGUAGCUAAGCAGAUUUUUACUUGCAAAGAACUACUGAUGUGGCCCCCUACUGACCCACAGAAAUGCUGGACCCGUACCCAUCAGGUUGUUUUUGCAUUCUACAUUUACAUUUCCCAGUGGAUUUCAACCAAAUGGUCCGUCAAGGACACAAGGGAGCUCUGACUUGGACUAAGGACGCAGGUGUUGGACCAGCCUGGACCAAUGGGAUGGACCUCCCAUCCCAAAUGGCGUGGCCUUACCUCCCAGAUGGCCAUUUUACCCAGAAUGACAUUUUAAGAUGUUUUAGCAUCACUUUAUGCAUUUCAUGCUGGACUUUUGCAGCAGUUUCAUGCUUACAGUUAUAUGCUUGUUUUCUAACAUGUUUAUUAAAGUUAGGAUGUUUCGAUUCAGUGGACCAACUGUUCACUUAAAACUUGAAGGUUUGAGUUGGUUUCCUUCUCCUGGACUACAGAUAUUUGCACGGUUAGAGGCCUAUUCAAUGAAGAGUCUAGAAUAUCAACUGAAUGUACUGAUCAUGUAUUCUUCCUGGCUGCCUCGUAGAGUGGAGACUCAGCACCGUACAGGCUGAUGGCACAUGUUGGCUGUGGCUUGAAACAGGGAUAUAAUUUUCUUGUUCGUUUUUUGGUUUAAAGUAUCAGGUUAUUGACACAUUACUCCAAAUAAUUUCUUACUAAAAUUCCAGUUUUUCAACCACAUUUCUUUUGUUUGUUUGUUUUGCUGUGAUCACAUUCUUACGAUAUGUUUUGCACAAGCAUUUUCCUGCCUUUUCAGCUGAAAGCCAUCGUUUGACUUUACAUCUGAAUCCAUUGAUUUGAGUUGGAAACAGUUUCUCAUGCUGGUGAGUGAAUUUCAUGUUCGGCUGUACAGCUAGCUGCUGAUGUGAGGACCACCGAUUUUUUUUUUUUUUUUUUUUUUGGACUUUGGCCAAGCUCUUUCUCCUCGUUGACUUUAUAGUGCCGGGGCCCUCCUGCUUCACAUGGACGCAUUAACAAAGGUGCAGGAAGUCGUAGUUACAGAGAAACAAGUGGACCUCAGCUAUUUUGAAUAAAUCUUCUGUCCAACCUAGAUUUUGUUGUUAUAUUCACUUAUAUGUAUUUACAGAUUUUAUUGUACUUCUACUGGCCUACUACUGUACAUGCUUGCUUUGGCUAAAACCACAACUGUUUCUGGACUGUUUUUAUUGUUGUUAUUAAAAGGCCGAUACUGC